CUCUGAGAAGGUGUAAAAUCUGUGAUUGGACAAAAAAACACAACUUGCAAUGGAAAAGGAUAAAAAGGAAGAAGGGUACAAGUAGCAGAGUAAUUCAGUGGCAUCCAAAUAUAACAAAAGGAAGGUAUAGACAAGAGAAGCACUAAAAACUUGUCCAAUAGCUUGGUACUAAAGAUUCUAAGUAACAUCAGCAGCAACAGCAGUGGUGCAGUGGUGGUUGUGCAGCAUUGCAUCAGAAUGUUAGUAGCAGUCUUUCAUUGUUUCCAUUUGUUGUUCUUCCAAUAGCUUGGCCUACAAAGGAGGGCCCAAGAAGAGUCCCUAGACCCUACAUGGUUCAUCAGUAGCACAAAAUGAAUGAAUCUUCACGUGUCACAUGGACCAACAAAUGCCCCACCACUGUCAUAUCUCCCUCUUGAAUGUAUUAAUACAACCCCGCAAGUCCUUCUCAUUCAAUUUAAUAACACCGAUACUCGAUGUUUACACUCCGACAGUAAUGGAUUCACCACCACCAACAUCACCACCACCCCAACAUAGUGAGGUAGAUAGAAGCAUCAGCCUUGCAGACCCAAAAACAAAAGCAAGGACCUUUUUUUCUCUCUCUCUCUCUCUUUUUAUUUCACUUCCAUAAAUGGGAAAAAAAAUAGAGCAUACUUAAAUUGGUUAAUGAUCAUAAAAUUUGAAACAUGUCUGUCCUUAAUGGAAAGAUGAGGUUGUGGUUGGAACUGUUUGGAAAAGUGGCAAGAUUUGUGAGAUCUCUCUUUGUUGUCACUUUUCCUCUUCAAGUUGGGUUAACUAUGAUGGCUUCGGUUUCUCUUUUGAACAAACUAGCUCAAAAGGAAUCCUCCCAAGUAAACCAGUCUUCAUACGGAUUCUCAUAACGCAAAGGUUGACUCAGCCACCUACAAACUUCUAUAAAUUCUGCCUCAACCCUCUCCUCUUUCUUCACUUCAUCACUUCCCCCCUUUGUUGUCAAGCUAAGCUUCUCCACCCUUUAACCACCACCAUGUCUUGGUGCAGAAAAAUGAGAUAUCAACCAUUUAGCCUCCUCACAGAAUACAACAUUCUGUUCAUAAGAUGCCUCAUGGUUUUGUUCCUCAGUUGCUUAACCAUUAGGCUUAAUUUCUGUAGUUCCAGCAUACCCUCUUCACUCAAAGCACUUCCCUUGAUGGGACACUUCAGUUUUGAAGAAGCUGACCUUAAACAUGUGGCCAGGGACUUUGGUAACAGGUACCAGUCUCACCCCAUGGCAGUGCUGCAUCCAAAAUCAGUUUCUGACAUUGCAGACACCAUAAAGCAUAUCUGGAACUUGGGGCCUGGUUCUCACCUCACUGUUGCAGCCAGAGGCCAUGGCCACUCACUCCAGGGCCAGGCACAGUCUCAUGGAGGAGUUGUGAUCAACAUGGAGUCACUCACUGUCCCAGAAAUGCAGGUGUAUGCAGGAGAAUCUCCUUAUGUGGAUGUCUCAGGAGGAGAACUUUGGAUAAACAUCUUGCAUGAGACACUAAGGUAUGGAUUAACACCAAGAUCAUGGACAGACUACUUACAUCUCACUGUUGGUGGCACUUUAUCCAACGCUGGUGUAAGUGGCCAGGCAUUUAGGCAUGGUCCCCAGAUAAGUAAUGUUCAGAAGCUGGAGAUUGUUACAGGAACAGGAGAGGUGGUAAACUGUUCUGAGGAGCAGAAUGGUGACCUCUUUCACAGUGUACUUGGAGGGCUAGGUCAGUUUGGCAUUAUAACAAGAGCAAGAAUAUUCCUGGAACCUGCACCUACCAUGGUAAAAUGGAUCAGGGUGCUGUAUGCAGAUUUCACAGCAUUCACUAGAGACCAAGAGAAACUGAUAUUUGCAGAGAAAGCUUUUGAUUAUGUUGAAGGAUUUGUGAUAAUAAACAGAACCGGUCUGCUGAAUAACUGGAGAUCAUCCUUCAACCCACAAGACCCAGUUCAAGCUAGCAAGUUCAAGUCAGAUGGAAGAACUCUCUUCUGCCUUGAAUUGGCCAAAUACUACAAUCUGGAAGAAACCCUUGUGGUGAAUCAGGAGGUUGAGAAACAUUUGUCCCACUUGAACCAUAUCCCAUCAACACUUUUCCAAACAGAAGUCACAUAUGUAGAUUUUCUAGACAGGGUGCAUAUCUCAGAGGUCAAGUUGCGUUCAAAAGGCUUGUGGGAUGUUCCCCACCCAUGGCUCAAUCUUUUUAUACCCAAAACCAAAAUACACCAUUUUGCAGAGGUUGUCUUUGGGAACAUCGUAACAGAAACUAGCAACGGCCCUGUCCUUAUCUACCCAGUAAAUAAAUCAAAAUGGGACAACAGAACUUCUGUUGUUAUACCAGAUGAAGAUAUUUUCUACUUGGUGGCAUUUCUUGCUUCUGCAGUGCCCUCUUCCAAUGGUUCUGAUGGGCUUGAACACAUUUUGAGUCAGAACAAAAAAAUUUUAGAGUAUUGUGAAAGGGCUCAUCUUGGAGUAAAACAAUAUUUGCCACACUACACUACACAGGAAGCAUGGAGGGUGCACUUUGGUUCUCAGUGGCAGAUUUUCCAGCAAAGAAAAUCAGUUUAUGACCCUUUGGCUAUACUUGCCCCAGGCCAACAAAUUUUUCAAAAAUCAAUAGCCUUCUCAUGACGUAGCCACGUUUUUAAUAACGUGAAAAAGAAAAUGAAAAUAGCAUACAUAUGUGAAUAUAUUUAUACAGAUUUAAAUAAGUUUUUGAUAUCU